AUGAAGCAUUUAAGUGGCAUCCCCCUUUUGGUACUCUUCUUAAACUUAUAUGUUAUACAAAAUAAUGUGGUCAGCAACGAAAUUGUUAAUUUGAAAAAUCCCAACUUGAGGAACGGAUGGGCAGGAAAAGACGUAACCCUUAUGGAUGAACAAAGCGGUCUAGACGCAAAAGACGGUGAUGAAGUGAACGCAAAUGAAGACCAAAGCGAAUUGCUACACAAAUCGGAUGAAGGCUCACUCCAGACGCAGGGGCAAAAUAACGAAGUGGUGGAGGAAUCAGCUGAUGUAAAAAAAGCAAAAAAAGCAAAAGCUGAUGCAGAACAGGCGGAAGCAGAAGCUCAAAAAGCUAAACAAAAAAUAUUAGAUGCGGAAAAAGAAACAGAAAAGGCAAAAAAGGAAAUAAAAGAUGCCAUAAAUAAGGUGAAAGAAUACGCAUCAAGCAAAGAAUCCCAAGUGAAGAAGAAGGUAGAAGAAGCAAAAUCUGCAGCAGAUGAAGCAACUAAGGGAAGCACAAAAGAAAACACAGAACAAAAGGCAAAAGCAGCUGAAGCAGCACUUGGUGAAGCACAAAAUGCAAAAGUACAAAUGGAAAAAGCAGCUGCAAUAGUAGAUGAAGUGGUAAAGGCAAUGGAGGCAGAAAAAGAAGCCCAGAAAGCGAAAGAAGAAGCCCAAAAAGCUAACGAAGAAGCUCAAAAUGCGAAAAACAAGUUUGUAAUGAUAAAGCCCAAACAAGCAGGUGCAGGUAGCCCAGAAUCUAAAGCAGAACAAGAAGCGAAAAUAGCAAAUGAUAAGACAACAGAAGCAGAACAAAAAGCGGAGCAAGCAUCAGCCAAAGCAACAGAUGCAGCACAAAAAGCCACAGAAGCAGCACAAAAAGCAAUAGAAGUAGCAAAAAAAGCAACACAAGAAAAAACAGGCGAGGAAAAAGAAAUAGAACAAGAAAAUGUAACUAAAAUAAAAGAAAUAGCAUCUAAUGCUGUGAAAGACGCAAAGGACGCCAAGAAGGCAAAGAGAGAAGCGCAAAUAAAGGCAGAAAUAGUAAAAUUAGAAUUAGCAAAAGAAGAAGCAAAAAAAGCAGUAGAGAGUGCUAAGAAAGCGAAAGACGAAGCAGCAGCUGCAGCAAAAACUUCAAAAUCAGCAAAACUGGCUGCUACGAGAGCGGCCAAAAAAGCAGAAGAAGCAGAAACAAAAGCGAACUUAUUGGAAAAUAAAAACAAGCAAGGUCCAAUCUCAUUAGCAGCAACCGCGGAAGCCGCGGAAAAAGAGGCAUCCACGGCAGUAGCAGCAGUAGCAACAGCAGAAGCAGCUGAAAAAGCAAAAACUGAAGAGGUAGAAAAAAAAGAAGCAGAGGCAGAAGAAAAAAUAAAGACCCUAAUACAAAAGGUAGCAAAAGCAAUAAAAGCUGCAAAUCAAGCCAAGAAGGCACAAAUAGAGGCAGAAAUAGCCGUCGAAGUAGCCAAAAUAGAAGAACAUUCUGAAGUGGCUCAGAAGGAAGUAGAAGAGGCGGAAAAGGCAAACGCGAAGGCAAAACAAGCAGCCUCAGAAGCGCAAGAAGCAAAGACACAAACGGAAAAGGCAGCAAAAGCGGCUGAAAUGGUAAAGGCAAAAGACUUAGCAAAAACAGAAGUAGAAAUAGCAACAAAGGCAGAAAAGGAAGUAGCUGAUGCAAAAAUGGAAGCAGACGAAGAAUCAUCUGAGGCCGUAGAAAAGGCACAUGCAAUAAAAAUGCAGUUAGAAGUAGCUAUAAAUGCAGAAAAAAAGGCAGCCAAGGAAGUAGACAUCACAAAAUUAGAGGAUGCAAAAAAGGAAGCACAAGAUGCAACCAAAAAUGCUAAAGAACUGUUAUCAAUUGUACAACAAGCAUCGAUGCUGGCAAUUGCAAAAUCACAAGAUGCUCUGAACUCAUUGGAAAAGGUGAAAAAGGCAGCUGAGGUAGCAAAGGCGAAGUUGGCAAAAGCAGAAGCGAAAAAUCAAGCGGAAGAAGCUAAGGCUAUAGCAGCUAAAGCAGACGAAUUAUCGAAAGCGACAAAAGCAUCAACAGCAGAGAAAACCAAAGCAGAAGCUGCAGCGAAAGAGGCAGCAGCGCAAGCGACUAAGGCAGCAGACGAAGCGGGAAAAGCUGCGACUGCAGCGGAUAACACAAAAAAGGCAGCAACAUCAGCUGAGGCAAAGGUAGAGGCAAACAAAGCUGUCGCCGCCGCGAAGGAAGCGAUAAUUGCAAAAAUUAAAGCAGCACACGAAUUUUUAAAAACAAAGAACCAGGAUAUACUAGAACCAGUGGAAAUGUUUUCUGGGGGAACGGAAAAUGUAACCGACAGGGAGGAACAAGUAAAGGAAGAAGUAGAAGAACAGGGGGAUGGGAAUAACGAGCAAGCUGAAGAAGCAGAAGAGGUGGAUGAAUCCGAAUCGGCGUUACCCAAUGGUUCUGAUGGGCUAGAGGAUGACGUAGAUUUUGAUGUGGACGACGGUGAAGAAGAGGAAGAAAACGUAGCAACUAAUAAACAAAAAGGUGGAAAAUAUGAAAAGGGAAAAGUUACAGAUGCUGUGGAUGAUACUAACGCAGACAAGCAGUUUGGAGAUGAAUUCGACGCGUACAACGACAUUAAGAAGGUAACAGAAGCGCUCGUAAAAACGAUGACGUCCUUAGUUUCAGAAGAUCCCUCCGUUGGAGACACCAUAAAUGAAUUCCUCUCAGAUAUGAAUCAGCUAUUUCUGAGCUGGUAA